AUGGUUGUCAAAGCUAUUACCUCGUUCGCCGAAUUCAAGACCAUUAUCGACAGCGGAAAGCCCGUCCUGAUCGAUUUCUGGGCAACGUGGUGUGGACCCUGCAAGGCCAUCUCGCCCAUCUUCGAGAAAUUGUCGGAGAUUUCAGAUUUCGCGGGCGUCGAAUUCUACAAGGUCGAUGUUGACGAGCAGGCUGAGAUUUCACAGGAGGUCGGCAUUAGAGCGAUGCCCACCUUCCUCUUGUUCAAAGACGGAAACAAGUGUAAGGAUGUCGUCGGUGCUCGUCCACAAGAGCUUGAGGCCCUCAUCAAGGAGGCGGCCACCCUUGUCUAA